AGUGUUUGAUUAGCAAUGGCAUUGACAAGACAGAGGAUCGGUCACAUUCUUCUCCUAUCUUUCUCCACUGCCAUUAUAACGUGUGGACCUCACUAUAGAGACAUCUUAUCUUUUCACUUAUUUGAUUUCUAGUCUACUCUGAAUAGUUAAAUUUGUUAUAAACGAUUUAUCAAUGAAACUACUCAAGGAAAAUAUUUAAAAUGUUGUAGAACUUGAAAAAUUCUCAAUAUUAUUUUAAUAGAUCUAGUCUGAGAGUAGCUUGUCUACAGAGUAUAGGUACUUCAAAAAUCAAGAACUCAUCUUGAGCUGUCACUUGAGAAUAAAUAUACAUGUUACAUAAUGAUGCAUCUAAUUACGUAGAAUAAUAAGCUUGACACAAGGUAUCAAAAUUUCUGUGUCAGCUAUAGAAUAAGUGAAACAGUCAGAAUGUUUUGGCCUUCGCCGAAAUUAAAUAGAAAAAAAAUGGUAUUUAGCGCCUCCUCCGUCACAAGUCACUCAUUUGCAAAUCAAUAGAUUUGAACUUGAGUUGCCUUGAGUAUGUGUGAGUGUUCAUAUGUGAUCCAAUGGAAACAUGAAUAAUGAAUUAGACUAACAGAACCUUUUGCUGUUCCUAGACAUUCAUUUGCUGUUUAUUGAGAUACAAAUCCAGUGCUUGGCUAGGUUCUAAAAUAAAGUUUUGGUGCUGAAUUUCAAGCUGCAGUUAAUGUUUGAAGUUGGUUAACAUAACGUUUAGGUAUAGCUGGUGUUUUCUGGAUUUUUAGAGUUAAUCGAAUACUAUCAUCUAGAAAAUGAUUUGGAAAGUGCACGCUCUGAAGCAGGUUAUAAUGGAUUGUUUAAUCAAUUUAUCAGUAUAUGGACUAUUAAGAUUCAUUUCUGCAACUUGGAAGACUCCAUGGAAAGGAUUCUUCUGCUCAGACAUUUCAAUCAUGUACCCCUACACUCCUGCACUCAUGGACUCAGAACUGUACUAUGCUAUAGUGUUCACCAUUCCCAUCAUACUAGUUUUACUGAACAGUCUAAUCAUGGUCUGUAGAACCAAAGAGUACAUGGGAGUGUUGCAAGACGUCUACAAGAUCUUGAGCAUGUACCUGCUGGGAUACAACGCCAGUCGAGUGACUGCCAUGAUCGGCAAGCGAGCCAUUGGCCGACUCAGACCCAACUUCUAUUCGGCAUGUAAGCCCAGUGUCAACUGCGACCACAUGUCACCCUUUACAUAUAUUCACAACUUCACAUGUGCUCACGAGACUGAUUUCACAAGGAACUCAUUCCCAUCUCAGCACUCCACUGUGGCGUUCUACACUGCUGUAUUUAUUCUGUUAUACCUGCAAAAGCGGCCGCUGCAUGGGAGUGUGGUGUCACUGAGUAUCAAGCAUUUGAUUCAAAUCGUUGUAAUGCAACUAGCAUGGACGGUGGCCAUUUUCAGAAUCAGAAACUAUUUCCACCAUGAAUCUGAUGUGCUGGCUGGUAUUAUGAUCGGAACAUUCUGGGCUAUUGUCACAGUGUAUUUAUUUCUGAAACUGGACAUCGCUCAAGACGAUGACAUCCAUUUCGAGGAGAAGACCAACUUUUCUCUACAACUGAAAGAGGUGAAAAAUAGAGACAACAAUGGUGUCACCUGUAAAGACCAAACCACACUGAAUGUUUCUUAAUACUCUCUGAUAAGUGAAAAUCUUUAAAAAUGCGCAGAGCUUUCUAAAAUUGAUUUACUCAUUUACAAUAGUGUGGGAGCACAAGGGAAAAUCACGAAAAUUGCUCCUAAAUCAAAAGAAUUACAAUAAUUACAAUUCAAAUCAAUUAAAUUGAUUAUUAUAAGUGAAAAAUUAGGAAAAUAAUUCUAUCCUAUAAAAAAACAAAUGAUAAGACACACAAAAAUACUUUGCAUAGAAUAAUUCUAUGUAGCCCAUCACGUACAUACGGUAAUCUUCUUAUAUUUUUUGUAUUUUGUAAAUAUAUUGUUCAUAUUGUACAAAUUUAUCAUAUAUUUAUACUUCUACAUUUCUUUAAUCAGCCUCCAGUUUGUGCAAGUCACUAACUUUGAGUUCAAAAUUUUCGAACGUGAUAAAUAUGAAGUGAAGAAAAUAUAUAAUAACUGAAAUUACUAUGUUAGUCAUCGGUUAAGGCAUCUACAAUGUUAGUAGAAGCAAAAUGUAACAAAAAUAAUAAUAAGAAACCAAGAUAUCGAAUAUAAGUUAACUAAUAAAAGAGAAACUAUGAGACUAUGAGGAAACCCCAUGACUAAUAAUGAGGUGAAUGAUAAUAGAAACUAAGAAUUAAAAGAAUUUACACUUUACUAUCUCUUUGUGUGUUAUGAUGCUGAGGUCCAUAUACAGCGUAUAGGAAAGUAGGUACUUACAUUGGGUCAAGCUGAUUACAUGCUUUCUUGAACUGACUUUGGGUCAGUCAUGAUUUAUAUAUCAAUUAUCAUAGUUUGAUAAUAUAUCAUAAUUAAUUAAUAAUGUUAUGAUACAGUUAUUGUCAAUAACCACAUUGUUUAAUAGUUCACUCACAACACUUUUUGAUAGUAAUAUCAUGUUAUAGAAGCUACGGUACUUAUUGAAGGGCAUAAUUUGAAUAUUCAAUCAUAUAAAACAAUAAAAAAAAUAAAAUCAGUAGAAUUCAUCUGUAACAUUCAUAUUUUCUAUUCUAAAUAACAAAAUGCAGAAUAAUAUUGAUAUAAUCAACCGCAUUAUAGAACUAUCAGUUCAGUCCGAACACUGUAUAAUACUGUAGUUAUUUUAUCCAGUUAUAGUAGCAGCUACUUUCAUUCAAGGGGAUUAUUUAAAUAUCGAAUAGUUUAAAAAUUGAAAUCAGAAGAGUCCAUGUGUAAAAUAUCUUACUAUGAUUCUCUUUAAGAAAAUACAGAUAAAUAUUGAAUAUCGGGGCACCGAGCUUCGCUCGUUAUUUUUAUUUAUUGAUAAACAGAACACAAUAAUUAUCUAAAAUGAUCGUGUUUAUAUUUCACAGCUGGCUAUAUGUCAUCUUAUGAAUUUCAGGGAUGCGUUAAUGAUUUUUCACAUACUCACUCGCUCAAUCACUUUUUUACUAUCCACAGCUGUUUCAGCCAAGGAUGAAUUAUCCUUUCAAUGUCGUUCAGCGAGUUUAAGGGUAAGACCUAGUGCAAUCGAAUCUUCAUAUCAUAAACCUACUAUGUUCCAAAUUUCGUGAAAAUCGUUAGAGCCGUUUUCGAGAUCAGUUAAACAUAAAUCCAGAUAUAAAAAUAGUCAGAUAUAAAAAUAACCAUAUAUAAAUAUGCCAGAUAAAAAAAUAACCAUAUAUAAAAAUAGCCAGAUAUAAAAAUAACCAUAUAUAUAAAUACAGAAAUUGCUAGCUCAAUAUAAUAGGAUUAUUGCACCCCAGCUGAGCUUCUGUAGUGAAUUUGAACAUUUUCUGUUCAUUUGUUCUCGGUAAAGCUGACUCAGCUUAGCUGAGAAAGUGUCAAAAAUGCUGGAAAACGCAGAUUUUGGGCAUAUCUUUGGCGUUAUUUCAAAUUCCUUUCAACACAACAUUAUGCCAUGCUACUAAUUUCAUCCAAAAAGGUUUAAUAGCUUUCACCUAUCACCCAAGGAAAGUCAUUGGUUCCAAAUAUACUAACAUCUUGAGAAAUCAUGAAUGGAUUUAAUGCCUAUGAAUAAGAAGUCCAGUUCAGAGCAAAUCGAAUUAUAAUUUUCAUAAAAUUUGGUGAAUUGAAAACGAAAAAUUACUGAACAGAAUCAUUUGAUACCUAGAACAGAAGAUUCUUACAAGCUAAAAUACUUAUAUGUUCAUAUUGAACUCAUUUAUUUGGCUACAUGCUUUCAAAAUUACACAAAACAUUCAACACAAAUAAUUGAGAAAAUAAUAAAAAUAUUCAGAUAUUAAUUGAAAAAUCUUAUAAUUCAUUUAUAUAGAAAAAUUUCAAGAGGACAAAAAACACAUCUACAAGCCAGCAGCCAUUUUUCUUGAGAGCUUGCACAUUCCAAGUGAUGCCUUAAACACGUCAUCAAUUGCCAACCUCACAAAUAAAAAAUACAAGUUUACAAUUUACAUUUAUUAUUCUCAAUAAAACUUUAUUUUUAAA